CAGAUCCACAAAAAAUGAGGGACCGAUUCUCGAUAGGUCAAGCCAUUGCAAAUGCAAUUGCCAAACGACAAAUGCAAACUAGUGAGGUGGAGAACAUCUUCAAUCGCUGCAAGUCAAUUGAAUGCGUGUAUAGAGAAGUUAUGGAGACAGAUUACGAAGGUGGCAUGCCAAAUUGUUCGUAUCGAUAUCCAUUUCCACCGGAAGAAGACACAAUAUCCGCCUACGCAUUGCUAAUUGAUGGUCCUUGCACAUGUGUAGCCGCGUUGCUCUCAAUGAUCGGAGCCCGAUAUGCCAUCAAAUUCCUCUGCCGCGCUGGCCUCAACAAAGAACUCACUGCCGCUCUAUUCGCCCUUUGUGCCAUCGACUCGUUGCUCCUGCUCACCGUCUUUCUCUUCUACGGAAUCGAGGCGAUGUCGUUGUUGUUCUUUCGCACAAAUAUUAUGUACGAUAAACAAGACUUUACCUAUAAUUUGCACGGGAUCGCGAGCUCACUGACCACCGCCUCGACAGCACUAGUGAUCUACAUCACUUUUCUAAGGUUCAUGGUUGUGGUGCAGCCUAUGAGAUUCGCUACAAGCAUGAACUCCAACCAUCGGAGGACUGGAAGCAAGGCUGUUCGGAAGGGAUCGGCUCAGUUGGAGGACUCGGUCACCAAUAAUACCAUAUUCUCGAGAGGAACCUUCAAUAGUUCAUCGAUCAAACGACAUUACAAUAUUCGAGAGCUAAUUCGCCCUUUUUAUAUUCCAUUUCUCCUAAUUCUCAUCAGCUUCUCCGUCAACAUACCGAUUUUCUUCGAGUUUACCACCACAAAAUGUUUCAACGUUGAGCAUAAUGUCGAGGCGACCAAUCCCGAGCCAACAGUCUUUCGAUCUUCGUUUGCCAAGUACAAGGCAGUGCUGAUGACGUUGACGCAGACCAUCGGGCCGGUAUCGAUUAUUCUUGUCCUAUCGAUUUUCACAGAGUACAAAGUGCAUGUCAGUCUGAAGGCUAGAAGAAAGUUAUUCGAGAGCCAGCAAAGAAGUCGGUCGGUAGUUCUCAGCGAAGAGUUGAAGGAGACUGUGUCGAGAACUGUCGCAGUGUUUAUUGCAGUCAAGUUUUUGAUUUUUAGAACCAUGCCGAUCUUCUUCGACGUAUACGAGAAUCUGUAUGGAAUCGACGAGUGGGGUACUGUAAUGAGCAUAAUGGUGCGAGUAUCCGACUUUGGAAUUGUGCUCAACACUGCCACAAACUCGUUGGCAUAUUUUGGAAAGAAAAGAUGGAUCGAAAAACGUCUUCGCCUCCGAUUGAUGAAAAAAGAAGAAAAACGAAACGCAAAAGCCACCCUAACAGUGCAGGGAAGCUCGUUGAACUCCUCGAUGAAGAAGUCACUGCCUCCGAAAAUUGGGUUGCCACACCCGUUGUCCGCCGAGAAAACACCUUUAAAUUCAAAGAAUAUAUAUCCUGAAAUGGUUUAGGCGUACCUCACGCCUGACCGCCUCGCCUCGCCUUGCGGCCAUCCUCGUGUAUACCAUAUUGUUAUGUUUGUUCAAAAAGUUAACAUUUAAUUUUUAUUCAUUUGUUCCCAGUUGCCAAUCAUUUUCCCCUCCUGUGCCGGGUUAUAUGUUCAGAUCUUUAUGAGUCAAUUUCAAUGUGUCAAUAAUAAAAUGCUUUUGCUU